AUGCCGCCGCCGGCGCAGCCCGACCACGAGCAGCCGCAGCCGCAGCCUCACCACGAGACGCUCCCCAUCCACCGCCUUCUCGAGCUGAUCAAGUCCGAUCCCGACCCGGCCGCCGCGCUCGCCCACCUGGAGCGCCUCGUCGCCACCUGGCCGGCCUACACCCCGCCGCAGCCGCUCCUCUUCCACCUGCUCCGCCGCCUCGCCACCGCCUCCCCGUCCCGCCUGCCGCGCCUCCUCGGCCUCCUCCCCAACCUCCGCCACCGCCCGCGCUUCUCCGAGUCCGCCGCGCUCGUCGUCCUCUCCGCCUUCUCCCGCGCGCUCAUGCCCGACGCCGCGCUCGCCGCCUUCCGCCGCCUCCCCGCCUUCCUCGGCUGCAACCCGGGCGUCCGCUCCCACAACGCGCUCCUCGACGCCUUCGUGCGGGCCCGCCGCUUCUCCGACGCCGACGCCUUCUUCUCCUCCCUAUCCCACGGCGCAUUCGGCCGCCGCAUCGCGCCCAACCUCCAGACCUACAACAUCAUCCUCCGCUCCCUCUGCAGCCGCGGGGACCUCGACCGAGCGCUCACACUAUUCGACUCCCUUCGCCGCCACCAUGGACUCUCUCCCGACCGCGUCACCUACUCCACCCUCAUGUCCGGCCUCGUCAAACACAGUCGCUUGGACAACGCGCUCUACCUGCUCGACGAAAUGCCGAGCUAUCAAGUACAGCCUGAUGCCGUCUGUUACAAUGCGGUGCUCGGCGGGUGUUUCAAGAGCCGUGAAUCUGAGAAAGCAAUGAGGGUGUGGGAGCAGCUGGUGAGAGAUCCUGGUGCAAGUCCCAACCUCGCCACUUACAAUGUCAUGCUUGAUGGCUUGUGUAAGCUUGGCAAGUUUAAGGAGGUGGGCGAGGUAUGGGAGAGGAUGGUGGCAAAUAAUCACCAAGGGGAUAUGGUUACCCAUGGGAUCCUGAUUCACGGUUUGUGCCAGUCAGGGGAUGUGGAUGGCGCGGCAAGGGUGUACUCAGAGAUGAUCAAGACUGGGCUUGUUCCUGAUUCCGCCAUAUAUAAUUCCCUCAUCAAGGGCUUCUGCCAAGCGGGCAGGGUAGACGAGGCUUGGAAAUUCUGGGACUCGACUAGUGUUUCUGGGAUCCGUAAUGUGUCAACCUAUAAUAUAAUGCUGAAGGGGCUUUUUGAUGGUGGUAUGAUCGAUGAAGCUAGAGACUUGUGGGAGCGGUUGAAGAAAGACACUUCGUUCUCCCCUGACGUUGUAACUUUUGGCACUAUGAUCCAUGGGUUAUGCGAGAAAGGGUUUGCUAACAAGGCACUUCAAAUCUUGGACGAAGCGCAGAUCAGUGGUAAAGAAUUGGAUGGAUUCUCAUAUUCAUCCAUGAUAUGUGGAUUGUGCAAGGAUGGGAGGCUGGAUGAUGCAGUAAGGUUGUACGAGAAGAUUUCUAUGGAUGGCUGCAAACUUAGCUCUCAUAUUUACAACGCACUAAUAAGUGGGUUCUGCCAAGCAUCUAAGUUUACUGAUGCUGUAAGAAUAUACAAUGAGAUGACGGACAGUGGCUGUCCUCCUACUAUCAUCACGUACAACACUCUAAUAGAUGGUCUGUGUAAGGCUGAAAAGUAUCAAGAAGCUUCAAGCUUUACAAGGAAAAUGAUAGAGAAAGGUUGCACACUAGAUGUCAAGACUUAUGGUUCAUUGAUUCGUGGUCUCUGUAGAGAUAAAAAGAUUGACGCUGCCCUUGCUCUCUGGAAUCAAAUUCUUGAUAAGGGUAUUCGGGCAGAUGUCAUGAUGCAUAAUAUCUUAAUCCAUGGUCUUUGUUCUGCUGGGAAAGUAGAUGAAGCUUCACAUCUUCUUUCAGAGAUGAAAGAGAAGAAUAACUGUCGCCCAAAUCUAGUGACCUAUAACACACUAAUGGAUGGAUUUUAUGAAACGGGUUGUUUUGACAAAGCAGCAUCUAUUUGGGCAGCUAUUAUAAAAAAUGGUAUGGUGCCAGAUAUAAUUUCGUACAAUACAAGAAUUAAGGGUCUAUGCUCUUGCCACCGAACACCCGAGGGAGUCCAGUUACUGGAGGAGUUAGUCGCACGAGGCAUUAUACCAACAGUCAUUACAUGGAAUAUACUGGUCAGAGCUGUGAUCAAAUAUGGACCUAUUCAAAUAUGAGGCCUUCUAAUUGCUCAUGUGUUGUAUUCCGUUCACAGAUGACCUGAGCAACCAGGGCAAUGAAUUCGACUCAGCAGCAACCUUUGUACAUUCAACCUCAAUCGUCUCAAUGACAGCAUUUGCCAUUGUAAGACCGAGUACUACCAUAAGCCUAAGCUUCUGGUGGUGAUAUACCCUAUUCAUAAAUGAGCUGAGCAACCAGGUCAGUGGAAACUAGACCCGGAGCAGCAACCUUCCUCGAACUCCACUGGAGGCGUUGCAUAGAUGGCAUCCACAGUUAUAAGACGGAGUGUUGCCAUCAGCCCAAGCUUCUGGUGGUGAUACCUUAUUCAUUAAUGAGCUGAGCAAUCAGGUCAGUGGAAAUUAGACCCAGAGCAGCAACCUUCGUCGACUCCAACUGAAGGCAUUGCAUAGAUGGAUCCACAAUUAUAAGGCAGAGUGUUGCCAUCAGCCCAAGGGUUACUUCAUUCUUGACCAUGGUCUAUUUUUAUCUGUCCACGACUACCAUAGCCACCUCAAAGCACACUAGGCUGAUUAUUUCUAGUUCGACAAAUUGUCUUCCAGUUGACUA